AUGUGGUCACUACGAACUGAAGCUGGGCGUUUGCAGCGCACUACUAUUUAUCCAAUCACUAGAACUAUCGAUAUCAAUAUUCCCACAACAGGAAAAGGAGAAAACGACAAGUUAUUUAAAGAAGAUCCCGAGUUUGGUAGGAAUCGAGCUGAUGAUGGAGCAGAAGGGCAUUCACGAAGUGAGGGCCAAUCACAACCAUUCCCUUCCACUAAAUCCCUUGACGAUUUUCAAGAGGGACCAGAACGAUAA